GAUUUAUUGUUUUAGCAUUCACCAUCGUCAACCAAUAACUCGAAAAACAACACCUUUUUCUGCUCUUUCCGUUGCAGUUGUUUUGUUCAGCACGUAAUUCCUUUUUUUACAGCAUGAUUGUGAAUUUGGAGAGUUAGUAGCUCCAUUUCUUUCUCGUUCCAUUAAGUUAGAUAGGGUGCCCAUAUCCUCUCCAAAAGCUAUCAGAUACGGACGCUAUCUCUACUGUGACGAGGUAAUCCUCUCAUCUGCAACAACGUAUUGUACUCUGAUUCACGAGGUAAGUUGACCAAUAAAUUCGAGAUCAAGUUCGCGACGGCCCCUCAAGCCUCUAGGCACAUAUCAUCAUGGCGUCCACAGUCAACAACCCAAGCGCCCAAACCAUCGCAGGGCUCCUAUCCAAACUAGGCGACCCAGAUCCCGAUUUUCGUUUUAUGUCGUUGAAUGAUCUCCAUCAGAUCCUUACUAAACAGAAGGUUGAUUUCUUAACUCAUGACUACAAUACUUCAUCACGUAUCGUCGACAAUGUCGUAAAGAGCUUGGACGAUCAGAACGGGGAGGUUCAAAACCUAGCGGUCAAAUGUAUCGGCCCAUUGGUCACCAAAAUCCCCAUCACGGUUCUUAAUUCUGCGUUGGAUAAACUCAGUACGAUAGAGAUAACGAAUUCAGUCGAUAAUUCGAUACCCUCCCUUGCUCUACGAAGCGCCAUCUCGUCCCUCCAGAAGCCCGUGCGAGGAGUAACACCCUCCCGAGAAGUAAUCGAAACCUAUAAUAUAGUUAGCCGAAUUCUUAUUCCUCGCAUUCUAGGCUAUUCUACGCCCUCCGGUACCCCUAGGCAAGCCGGUAGCGAAUCCCGUGGAUUACUAGAUACGAACAGAAAGCCUACGGUGGAGUCGGUCGAUGUCCUCAUUGAAGUGGUUCGGUGCUUCGGUCCUCUAUUGCAGCCUCUAGAAAUCGAAAAACUGCAAGAUGUUGUAGUACAAGUAUUGGAGAAGGAAUCCACACCUUCUCCCGUGAAGAAACGAGCGGUCGUUGCGCUUGCGAUCCUUGCACCUUACCUUACGUCCGAGGUCUUCGAUGGAUUUAUCGCGAAGAUACAAAAAGCCUUAAAGCAACCUAAGCUCAGCCCCGUCAUGCGCCGUCUGUACAUUUCAAUCAUGGGGUCUCUUGCUCGGUCCAUUCCGUACAAAUUUGGCGAAUACUUACCUCAGCUCAUUGAAUUCGUCUUGUCGCCGCUAAGCCAGGAUGAACUACAGAGCCAGCUCGAUGCCCUUAGUGAAGGCAACGACCAACUUCAUCCUGAAUUCAACGAAGUACGAGAGGCAGCAUUGGUUGCACUCGAGUCAUUCUUAGCGUCGUGUGGUCUGCAAAUGCGAGAUUAUACCGAUGAAGUCAUUGCAGCAUGCCUUCGAUAUUCGAAAUUCGACCCUAACUAUGCAGUUGACGAAGAUGAAGAGAUGGAUGAGGACGACGAGGCCGAUGAUGGUGAUGAAGAUGAUGUAGACGAUGAAUUCGAUGACGAUGCUGGAUUUGACGAUGACGACGAUGCAAGUUGGAAGGUCCGCAGAUGUGCCAUAAAAGCUCUUUACACUUUGAUCUCUACGCGAAGCACCGAUCUCCUUGAGAAGGGAACACUAUAUAAUGACAUCGCCCCUCCGCUAGUCAAGCGAUUUGAUGAGCGAGAAGAAAGCGUUCGUCUUGAAAUAAUUGGAACCGUGUCACUUCUAAUUAGAAAGACCGGUGAAGGUGUGAUCCCGUCGAUCUCGGCCGACGAUGAGCUUCUCCAUUCUCUUGGAGCGAACCGAAAGCGACGGCGACAGAGUGGUGGAGGCAUUACGUACACCAACAAGGCCCCCUAUCUUGGAGCCACUGGUCUUACCUCUCCUACUCGCGAAUCCGUUCCGCCGACAGGACCACGAGCCGACCUUAAAAAGCUCACCCCUCAGAUUGUCAAGUCGGCAACGAAGCUACUCAAGGGAAAGCAGAUAGCUACAAAGCAGGCAAUAAUUAAUUUGCUAGAUGAUUUGAUUGCCGUCCAAAAUGGUGGCUUGGCCGAUUAUUUUGACCAGGUUAUGCAACCUAUUAUCGACGUUACAAAAGGAAUGACAGGUAGUACUGGUUCGACGUCGGCUGCAUUGUCGGGUGCCGCGUCGGCUACCGCUACUACACUGCGAGUAGCGGUUCUUCACUUCACAAGUGAUAUAGCCAAAACCCAUUCCUCAAACCUGUUCCAGCGUUACCUCGAAAGCAUCGUUGCGGGGGUAGUUUCUGCAGUCCGUGACAGAUUCUAUAAAAUUUCUAGCGAGGCCAUCAGGACAGCCGAAGAGCUAGUCAAGGCCAUUACGCCUCCUCGUGCAAGGCUCACAACUGAUAAGUACAAGCCGGAGUUGCACAAGCUAUAUGAAAUCAUAGUAGAUCGUGCUUCUGCAAACGAUGCUGAUACUGAGGUACGCCAGAAGGCCAUCCAAGCACUUGGGACACUAAUCUCGAGAACUUCAUCCCCGGAUGGAAUCGCUCUUAUCCCUAGUGAUAAGCGACAGGCUGCUUUGAACUUGCUUCUGGAUCGUCUGCGGAACGAAACAACGAGGUUACAUGCCGUACGAGCAAUCGACAAUGUCGCGGCGCAUUCCUUGCCACCUAUUAACCUCGAGCCCGAUUGGAUUAAGCAGGUUGCAUUAGAGCUUUGUGGUCAACUUCGAAAAUCAAACCGCGCUCUCCGAGCUGCUAGUAUUCAAGCCCUGCAGCACCUGGUCCUCUCCCCGGCGGCCGGCGACAAGAUUCAAUUGGAUACGGCUAAUGAGAUCGUUACAGCUAUCCUACCUGUCAUUGCUACCAAUGAUAAUUAUCUUUUGAGUCCGGCCCUGCUAGUCGUUGCUCACCUUCAACGAGUGCACCGCCAAUUGAUUUCCUCAAGUACCUUUAUCAAGCCCCUUUGCGAACUUCUUAAGAAGAACAUCGUCGGCGUAGCACUGGAGUCCUUCGUCACUCUUGUGACCAGCGUUGGCGAGACGGGCUUAGGAAAUCCUUUGAUGCGUGGCGUUCUAGAUGUUGGCGUGGCAGGUGACCCAGCAGUCGUGGGAAGAGUUGCUGGCGCUUUGUUUGUUGCGAGCAAUGGCCAGGUAGAUGUCAGCGUCGAGGGCUUUAUUGAUGAGCUCAAUAAGUCGAGCAGCAAGACGCCCCCCGAUACUGCCAGACAAAGUCUCGCAUUGGCGAUACUGGGAGAGAUCGGCCUACGACUCGGAGCUAAGUCUGGCCUCCAACCGAGUAUCUUCUUACAGCAAUUCCACGAAGAACCUGACAAGGUUUCGGUAUCAGCUGCCGUUGCUCUUGGCCGUGCGGGUGCAGGUAAUGUGUCGGUAUUUCUACCCACCAUCCUAGAUGCAAUCAAGCAGCCUAGCGGGCAGCAGUAUCUACUUCUCCAAUCUAUCAGAGAGAUUCUCCACCAGGCUAUCGCAUCAUCUACCGACAUCAGCUCCUACGAGAGCGAAAUCUGGCGAUUGCUCUUCUCGGCAUCUCAACUUGAUGACAACAAGGCGAUAUGCGCAGAGUGCAUUGGAAGAUUGGCCAUUAUGGAGCCCAAGACUUAUAUCCCCAAACUCCAGGAACUUUUGGGAGACCCUUCGCCAGCCUUUAGAGGCGUGGCUGUACAGGCGCUUCGCUAUACAUUGCCAGAUAGUGAUGAAUCUUUUGAUUUGAUGAUGAAGACGGUAUUAUUUGAUAUGCUCUUGACCGUAUUAAAGGACCAAGACAUGGAGAUCCGCCGGCUAGGUAUGACAGCGCUGAAUUCGGCAGUGCACAACAAGCCGGACUUGGUUUUACCGCAUCUGGGUGAAUUAGUACCUUAUGUUAUACAAGAGUCUGUCAUCAAACCGGAACUCAUCCGCGAGGUUCAGAUGGGACCGUUCAAGCAUCAAGUGGACGAUGGGUUAGAGGUUCGAAAGAGCGCAUACGAGACUCUUUAUGCCCUUAUGGAGACGGCAUUUUCACGUGUCAGCUCUCUUGAAUUCUACGAUCGCAUCAUCGCCGGCCUGAACGAUGAAAACGAUAUUCGAUCCCUCUGCAACCUCAUGCUGAGUAAAUUGAUCGUUAUCGAUCCCGAGGAGACGACGCGACGCCUGGACACAAUAGCGGAGUGCUACAGGAAGACGCUGUCGACAAAACUCAGGGAUGGCGCGGUAAAACAAGAAGUAGAGAAGCAAGACGAGGCGAUCAAGAGCGUGCUACGUGUGACCCUGCUCCUGGUGGAAAAGACCAAGACUACUCUACCCGGUACGGGUGUCGGGCCAGGUGGCGCGACAGCACAAAUUCAAGGGGCCCAGUCAGUGCAAAACCCGGUGUGGCAACAGUAUUGGGAAUGGGUCAAUAAGGACUUUGAGAAAUAUCUCAAGGAGCUGAGAGAAGAGAACAAGGAGGUAGUUACGCAUGGGGACGUUUAGGAGGAUUUUAAGAAGAUAAGUAAAGUAGCUAUCGUAUUUGCGACGCCUGAACCGCGACACCCGCGACAUCCGCGAUUUAUUAGGUGGCUACGGUCAUAACCUAGGUACUGGCUGAACGACUUGCAUUGAGAAAGGCCUAACGAAUUGCUCGAGCAUGUGGUUGUAAUUCAUGACGGGAUGCUAUUCUGCGAUAGUAAAUAGCAGUUGUUCUUAAAUAAAAAGGCGAUGAUUUAUAA